AUGUGCGUGAUUCUGCUGCUGUGCUGCGUCAGUGCUGCGCUGCUGCGCUGCGAGGCGGCUGUUGUGCGGUACGACGUGCAGACUGUGCGUGCGAAGAAGGUGGCCGCCCUUCCUGAUGAUCAUUGGGCGCGGUACGACGAGACCGUGUUUGAGCGUGGGCGUGGCUCCUUCGUCUCUGGCUACGACGACGCGCCGUACUUUGAGCCGAUGAACAUCUCGUCGCCGUUUUUCAGCCGCGACUCUGUGCCGUGGCAUGUGUCUUCGGACGGCUUUCUGGCGCCGACGCCAUCGCCACUGUGUGCCUUCUUCUGCUCGGAUUCGGCGCCAGACACGCUCUUUGGGCAAUACCAGUUCGGCGACGCGAUUUACGGCGGCGGCGGCGACUGGCCGAUGAUCGGGCUGUACGUAGCGGAUCUAAACCCCUCGGCUGCACGGCUGUCGCCGAGUGUCCGGGUGCACGGCGUGACGGGCGCCGACGGCGGCCCGGGGUACGAGCGUGUGACUGUUGAGUACCGCGAUGUGCCGCUGCCUGCGUGCGUGGCGCCGAGGGACACGCUGACGGCGCAGGUGGAGGUGUGGGCCAACGGCACCAUUGUGAUGCGGUACCGACAGAUCCCCGCGUGCGGCCGCGCGUCGGUGGGUCUCGUGCUGUCGAAGGGCGAGCGUGUCGUUGCGACCGCCACGCCGCGUCCGAACGGCAUUGCUGCGAUCCGGUAUGACCCUGUUGUGGACGUGUGUGCUGCGUUUUUGAGCCACUCGGCGUGCGUCAAUGCGGCGGACUUGUGCGGGUGGUGCGCUGCGACGGGAGCGUGCGUGGCGACGUCGCUCGCGUCCAGCUGCUGCCCGCGCGGAAGCUUUCGGACGGCACCGCCGCCCUCGCCGGUGGGCGGUGACUUUUACGUGGUUGCUGUGGAGCAGGGUGCCGAGCUCGUCCGCCUCGCCGCGCUGCGUGGGCACGUGCGCGUGGUUCCGGCGGGUCAAUCUUUGCAGCUGGACAUGGGGUUUGACUUCCCCUUCUACACGAGGGACCAGGCGUCGCACGUGACGAACACGACGCACCUGCUGUCGUCCGGCCUCAUUUCGGUGUUUUCUUCGACGCAGCGGUGCGGACCCAUAUGGAACGUGUGCCCCGACGGCAACUACACCUUCGCUGCCAUGCCGUUCGUCACUGCGGGGCUGUGGGGGCCGGGGACGUCCAUCACUUAUGCGCGUCUCCCCGAGCGCACGGGGGCAGAUGUGCUUUGCGAGCGGCCGCGGUGCCCUCCGGGGUUUGUGGUGGAGGUGGCCAACACGUCCUCCUUUGCGUCUUUUGCUCGUUCCUCGACGUACCAGGUUUACCUUGACGCGAGCGGUGCCGUGGAGUUCCGCUACGGCCUGCCCGUUGCGACCUCGAUAGCGAGCAGCCCCGUGCUGGGCUUCUUCGCGUUCCCGCCGCCGUUUGUUGGCCUCUUCCGGUACCGCGUGGAGGACCCUGCCACCGUCACCGUUCCGCCGUCCCUGAUUCGGACUGGCACGCGGGUCCGCUUUGAUCCCACGGGGAGGUGCAACGACUGCGGACGCCAUGGAACAUGCGACCCCGCGUCGGCCCGAUGCGUGUGCGAGACUGGAUUCAGCGGCGAUGGAUGCGAGCGGUGUGUUGCGGGGUACUACGGCCCGGAAUGCCUCCCGUGCCGCCGCUGUAGGAACGGGGGGGUAUGCGACGAUGGCGUGAACGGGACCGGCGUCUGCAGGUGUCGUGAGCCGUUCAGCGGAGUGGAUUGCGCGGUGAGGUGCGAGGGGCCGUUCGACUGCAGCCACUGUAACCCGCGUGGUGGGUACUGUGAGUGUGGGGAGUGCCGGUGUGAUGCGGCGUCCGGGUGGGGCGGUGCGGACUGCGACGUGGCUGACGACCCCUGCUGGCGCCACUCGUUCGACGGGUGCGAGGUGUGCAACAAGGAUACGAGGAACGGCUGUGCCUUCUGCUUCGACGACAUGUGCUACUCCACGCUUCUCAAGGACACCCCGAACGGGCACGCGUGCUCGUACCCCGCACCUUCUGGCGACGCGUCCCGCUGCGUCCCAGCGGUGCAGGUGGAGGUGCACUGGUUUGAUUGGGGCUACGUC